AUGUCGCUGUUCAUCUUGACCGAAACCAGCGCGGGUUACGCCCUGCUGAAGGCCAAGGACAAGAAGCUGUUCAAGCACGGUCUGCCUGAGGAUGCCAACACCGCUGAGGGUGUCUCCAACCUGUUCAAGCUGAAGGGUUUCCAGAAGUUCGACAGCGCCGCUACAGCUGUGGAGGAGGCUGCCGCCAUCAUCGAGGGCAAGGAUGAGAAGAAGGUUUCGCUGGCUGUUGCUGACCCCAAGCUCGGUAACGCCAUUGGCAAGCUUCCCGGUCUCUCCAUUGAGUGUGUCGCCGACUCUACUACCCACGAUGCCUUCCGUGCCAUUCGUGAGAACCUGACCUCCCUCAUCCCCGGCCUGGCGCCCAGUGAUAUGUCUGCUAUGGCUCUUGGUCUCUCCCACUCUCUUGCCCGCCACAAGCUCAAGUUCUCUCCCGAUAAGAUUGAUACCAUGAUCGUCCAGGCCAUUGGUCUGCUGGAUGAUCUUGACAAGGAGCUCAACACCUAUGCCAUGCGUGUCAAGGAAUGGUACGGCUGGCACUUCCCCGAGCUGGCUAAGAUCCUGAACGACAACAUUGCCUACUCUAGACUUGUCCUGAAGAUGGGCAUGCGCUCUAACUGGGAGACUGUGGAUCUCUCUGAGAUCCUCCCCGAGGAGAUUGAGACUGCUGUCAAGCUCGCCGCUGACCGCUCCAUGGGUACUGAGAUUAGCGAGGAGGACCUGGAAAACAUCCAGUCUCUCGCCACCCAGGUCGUUGAGUUCUACGAGUACCGCUCGCGUCUUGCCAGCUACCUGACCUCCCGCAUGAACGCCAUUGCUCCUAACCUGACUGCCCUUGUCGGUGACCUUGUCGGUGCCCGCCUCAUUGCUCACGCUGGUAGCUUGACCAGCCUCUCCAAGAGCCCCGCCUCUACCAUCCAGAUUCUCGGUGCCGAGAAGGCUCUUUUCCGUGCUCUGAAGACUAAGCACGAUACUCCCAAGUACGGUCUGAUCUACCACGCUUCUCUGAUCGGCCAGGCUACUGGCCGCAACAAGGGCAAGAUGGCUCGUAUCCUUGCCGCCAAGGCCUCGCUGGGUAUCCGUGUGGAUUCCCUUGCUGAGUGGGGUGAGGAUGUCACCGAGGAGGACAAGGCCGCUCUUGGUACCGAGGCUCGCUUCAACCUCGAGCGCAAGCUGGCAGCUAUGGAGGGCAAGCCCCUCAAGCCCCGCGGUAAGUUCGACCUGAACGAGGCCCGCAAGUACAACCCCGAUGCCGACGCUCUGGCCGAGGAGAAGCCUACUCCCGCCAAGAAGGACAAGAAGUCCAAGAAGGAGAAGAAGCUGGUUGAGGAGGUCGACUCUGACGAGGAGAUGGCCGAUGGCGAUUCUGAUGACUCGGACUCCUCAUCUGAGGAUGAGUCUGAGCUGGAGAAGAUGGCCAAGAAGGCCGGUCUCAGUGUCGCGCGCUAUCAGCGCAAGCUUGAGCGUGGCGAGAUUUCCUUUGAUGCCUCCGGAAACCCAUCAUCGGUCAGCAAGAAGGACAUGAAGAAGGCCAAGAAGGACUCUAAGAAGGCCGACAAGGAGGACGGCAAGAAGCGCAAGCGCUCCGACGAGGGUGAUGACGAAAAGAAGAAGAAGAAGAAGAACAAGGGCGAGUAA